AUGAUGGCACAACAAGUUGAAGACCAAUGUGGUGAACAAACAUUUAGCAUUGUCUGGGAUUUCAAUAAUCAGCAAUGUGACGUAAAUAUAAAUAACGAAGUCACCACUAUUUGGCUUGAUACACGAAAUCAAAGCACGUCUGAAUACUAUCAAAAUAUUGCACGUAUACGGGAAGUCAUUAAUCAUACGAAAAUAUUUCACGAUGUAAAUGAAUGUGCUUCUUACCUAUCAUCAAUGAAUGAAGGAGACCGACUAUGUUUCUUGAUAGUGGACGGCAUACUUGACCAAUUAGAUUCCUGUUUACUUUAUCCAUUAUCAGACAAUGUACGUAUAUGCAUAUUUUUACCAGAACCGAAAUUGGAAUGUAAAUAUGCACCAUGGGCCAAGAAAUUUCAACAUAAUGGUGGAUAUUUCACAGACAUUGACGUUCUUUUAAAAUCACUACGCUAUGAUUUGUCGGAAUACUCGAAAACAUCUGUAGGAUCAACAAUGAAAUGCUUAGAUGCGCAAAAAUUAAGAUUUAAUUGUUUUCUAUUAUUGCUGGAUUUACUACAUACUUCAGCAGCAGAUUCAUCAAAACAACAACUUAUUCUACACUUGAAAUCGGUUUACUCGGAAAACGCAUGUGAGAUACAAAAGAUCGAAGAGUUUGACAAAUUUUACCGUCCAGAGGAUUCAGUGUUAUGGUUUAAUCGUGACUGGUGGCUGUAUCGUGUAUUAAACUCUGCUCUUCGAACAGACAACGUACAAAUUAUAUCCUAUUUCGAUUUUUUUCUGGUUGACAUUCGUAAUCAGCUCGAUUAUAUAUACAAGAACUACAAAGAAUUCGAUUCACGUUGUACUACUUAUCGAGGUCAAUUAAUUAAUACAUUAUUAUCAUCAAGUCGUGAUGGUAACGUUGCUUCUGCGUUUUCCGGUGAUGGUUAUUCUGAUGUAUCUCUCUGUUCAGUAAUAAUUGAGAUUGAAUUCGAUACGAAUCAGACAGCGUUCAAACCAGCUGCUUAUAUUGGAAAGUAUGGAGUGUGCAUAGACGAACAAACAUUCUUAUUUUAUCCUGGAAGUCUCUUUUGGUUGAAUUCUGUUGAAGAAAUUAAGGUAAAUAUGUGGCUAGUUGGUGUAACCGUAACCACUCGAGAAAAUAGCCCAAAAUUAGUAGAAGAAUUAGAUGAUUUUUCUAAUAUCAUUCUGCUACAGCUAUUGAAAAUACUUCAGCUAAUGUCACUGCAACAAUGUGAUUCGCUUAACAAACAAAUGUUGCAACAAUGUCGUUUAUAUUAUGCUAACAACAAAUCUGAACUAGUUAAAAUCAAUGACUUCGAAAAAAACUAUCAAUCUGAUCAAGCAAUUGCAUGGUAUACAAAAGAUUCGUUUUUAUAUCGGCUGGUUAACACAGUGUUGCGGGCUGGUAAUAUUAGCGAUAUAUUAGAUUUCCGAAUAUAUAUUACAGAUUUGUAUGAACAGUUAACAAAAGUCCAACCCGAACAUUUUCUAUUCAUUCCAGAACAAACAAAAACCGUAUACCGAGGCCAAUUAAUGAAUUUAAAAGAAUUUAAAGACCUAAAAGCAAACAUCAAUAGAUUUAUUUCGGCUACUACAUUUUUGUCUGCUACAACUGAUCGUGAUUCUGCUCUAUUUUUUUCUGGAUAUGGAACUAGUUUGCCAGCUUAUAAAUCAGUCCUAUUCAAUAUUAAAUUGAAUGACGAUCAAAUACGAAGAAGCAAAUAUUUUGCAUCAAUUUCACAUUUUAAUACGUGUAUUACCUCUACUCUUAGGAACAAGCUUCUAGCACAGACCCCUGCUACUAAUAAUACUAAUGACAAUAUGAGUAAGUCUAGUGGUGAAAAUGCUUUAAAUUCAAGUGAUAGCCAAAUACUUCCGAAUACUUGUCUAGCCGAGCGUCAGCUAUUAACAGAUAAGGAUAUAAAAGAUGGUUCGAAGAUUAAUACUGAUAAUCAAACAAUGGGUGAUGUUCAUUUAUCUGACUUAGAAACGCUAAAGAACAACUGCACAGGAGAUCUAUUUAGUCUUUAUUUCCAUGGAACAAAGUUCACAACUUGUUCCGAUAAUGUACGUCCUCAACGAACAGCAAUCAACAAUUUUGGCAGUAUCCAAUAUCUUGAUGUAUAG